UACUGGGCUCCUUCUGCGCCUGUGCAGCCGAAGCCCCGCCGCCUCAUUUGAGUUCUCGGGACUACCGGGAAGCGGUUUGGGAAGCUCUGGGGUCGGCUCGCAAAGCAGAGGGGGCGCAGCUGGGGCGGGAGGGCCGCGUUUGUGCCCGGGAGUGGGAGAGGCAGCGGGAAGUUCGUGGGAUCCCCGCCCCCAGUGUCAGUGGAUGCGACCGGGCGGGCCCUCGGCCUUCCCGUCCGGUGGAGAGGGACCGCGGCCACUGGCUCCCCCGGGGCGGCUGGGGCUGAGCGCUGGUCGGGAGCAGGUGCAGGGUGCGGGCCGCGGUGUGCGGGACGGGAGCCUGGCGCGAGCGGCGGCGGGAGGGGAAAGCGCAUUUGUAACGCGGGCGACAGCGUGCCCGAAAUCCCCGGACGGUGGGUCUGCAUCGAGACCCCGAGCUCUGGAGCUGGAAAAACCCGGAUGCCAUACUGCUGUUAACACAUGUGACACUGGAGACUUUGUCCCUACCUCGUAGAAUCCCAGCAUGAUGAUACGUUAAGGGUUUUCUGUGGUUAUCUACUUCUGAUUCUUUUGAAAGCUUUAAAGACAUUGGGCAUGAAAGGUUCAGUGAGUUUCCAGGGACCCCUCGUUUGUGGCAGAGCCAGGAGGAAAACAGUUCCGUUCAUUCUUUCACAGCUGAGGCUUCACAGUUCUCUACACUCUCCCAAGAGCCACAGAAAAUGAACACAUUUCAGGCAUCAGUGUCAUUCAAGGACGUGACUGUGGAAUUUACCCAGGAGGAGUGGCAGCACAUGGGCCCUGUUGAGAGGACCCUGUACAGAGAUGUGAUGCUGGAGAACUACAGCCACCUCGUCUCAGUGGGGUACUGCUUUACAAAACCAGAACUGAUCUUCACAUUGGAACAAGGAGAAGAUCCAUGGUUAUUAGAGAAAGAGAAAGGAUUUCUAAGCAGGAACUCCCCAGAAGACUCCCAACCUGAUGAUAUCUCAGAGAAGAGCCCAGAAAAUCAAGGCAAACAUUUCUGGCAAGUUUUAUUCACCAAUAAAUUAUUGACUACAGAGCAAGAAAUUUCAGGAAAACCACAUAAUCGGGACAUCAACAUUUUUCCUGCAAGAAUGAUGCCUUGUAAAUGUGACACUGUGGGGUCUGCUUACCAGGGUCUCAGCCCGACAGCCCCGCGCUGUCAGUAUUCAAAAGAAAAGGCUCAUGAGCAUAAUGUAUGUGACAAAUGGCUCAUCAGUAUUAAGGAUGGCAGAACUAACACUCAAGAGAAAUCUUUUGCUUAUAGUAAAAGUGUGAGAACCCUCAGUCAUAAGGAGGACAUUAUUCAAUAUCAGACAAUUCAGACUUUGGGGCAAGAUUUUGAAUAUAAUGAAAGUGGAAAAGCUUUUCUUGAAAAGGCUGCCCUUGUUACAUCUGAAAGUACCUACCCACAAGGAAAAUCUUACAAUUUCAAUAAAUUUGGGGAAAACAAAUGUGAUAAAUCAACCUUUAUUAUUCCUCAGAACAUUCAUCCAGAGAAGAGUCACUAUGAGUUUAAUGAUACUGGAAAUUGUUUCUGUAGGAUCACUCACAAAACUCCAACAGGAGGGAAAUCUUUCAGCCAAAAGUCACAUAUUAGAGAAUGUCAUAGAGUUCAUAUAGGGAUGAAACCCUUUGAAUAUGGAAAACGUUUCAACCAUAAUUCAACCCUCCCAGUGCAUCAGAGAACUCAUGCAACAGAUAAAUACUCUGAUUAUAACCCAUGUACAGAGACGUUCAGCUACCAGGCAACUUUCAGUGUACAUCCGAAGGUUCACAUAAGGGAAAAACCCUGUGAGUAUAAUGAAUGUGGAAAAUCCUGCUCUAUUAAUUCACGCUUGAUUUGGCCUCAGAAAAGUCACACAGGGGAGAAACCCUAUGAAUGUCGUGAAUGCGGGAAAGCCUUCAGUGAGAAGUCACGCCUAAGAAAACAUCAGAGAACUCACACAGGAGAGAAACCGUAUCAAUGUGAUGGAUGUGAGAAAGCUUUCAGUGCAAAGUCAGGCCUAAGAAUACACCAGAGAACCCACACAGGGGAGAAACCAUUCGAAUGUCAUGAAUGUGGGAAAUCUUUUAACUACAAGUCAAUCCUCAUAGUGCAUCAGAGAACUCACACAGGGGAGAAACCUUUUGAAUGUAAUGAAUGCGGGAAAUCUUUCAGCCAUAUGUCAGGCCUAAGGAAUCAUCGAAGAACUCACACAGGGGAAAGACCAUAUAAAUGUGAUGAAUGUGGGAAAGCUUUCAAACUGAAGUCAGGCCUGAGGAAACAUCAUAGAACACACACAGGGGAGAAGCCCUACACAUGUAAUCAGUGUGGAAAAGCUUUUGGUCAGAAAUCACAACUCAGAGGACAUCAUAGAAUUCACACAGGGGAAAAACCCUAUACAUGUAAUCAUUGUGGGGAAGCUUUCAGUCAGAAAUCAAACCUCAGAGUACAUCACAGAACUCAUACUGGGGAGAAGCCCUAUCAAUGUGAGGAGUGUGGAAAAACUUUCAGGCAGAAAUCAAAUCUCAGAGGGCAUCAGAGAACUCACACUGGGGAGAAGCCCUAUGAAUGUAAUGAAUGUGGAAAAGCUUUCAGUGAGAAGUCGGUCCUAAGGAAACAUCAGCGAACUCAUACUGGGGAGAAACCAUAUGAUUGUCAUCAGUGUGGGGAAGCUUUCAGUCAGAAAUCCAAUCUCAGAGUACAUCAGAGAACGCACACAGGGGAGAAACCCUAUAAAUGUGGUAAAUGUGGAAAAACUUUCAGUCAAAAAUCAAGCCUUAGAGAACAUCAGAAAGCCCACCCAGGGGAUUAAACAUAUGCAUAUAAAGAAUAUGAAAAAACUCUGAGCUGGAAAUCAAACCUCACAAUACAUAAAUGAACACACAGGAGAGAACUGUUAACAUAGCACUGGAAUUUCCUCUACAAUUUCAGCCUCCACCAAAUGUCAAAGAAUAGAAGAUGAAUUGUUGAAAUGUAUUUUAUAUGGGCAUUCUUUCAGCCAGAGCACCGUCUUCCAUGGAUAUUACAGAACUCACCCAGCAAAGAAACCCUAUAAAGAUAAUGAAUAUAGAAUAUACUCAUGUGAACUCACUCCUCAGAAAACUCAUGGUGCAGAAGAGCUCUGAGAAAGUAAUAAAAAUGUGAAAACUUUGUGCCAACAGUCAAAACUCUUUCAUCAUCAAUCACACAAUGACAAAAGCUAGAAUAUAGUAAGUGUGUGAUAAACUUUAAUGAAAAGUCAGUACGGCAGAAAAUACAUUCAAGAGAGAGACCUCAUAGUAUAUUAAACAAGAAAUGAAGUUAAUGGACGUAGGAAAUUCUUCUGCCAUGUCAACCCUCAUUUUCACUUACACAGAGGUAAUCCCUAUAUGUCACAUAAUAACUAUUUAAAUGUCCACUAGUAAUCAUUUUCACUUCUCUCUCAUGCCAUGCCUGGCCUAAAUUUCUCAACCGCUCUGUCAUAUAAAUGGGGUCAUAUUGUUACCCUCUAGCUAGUGGAAUAUGGGGGUCAAUGACAGACAGGUCUUAAAUACAUCAGCAAAAUUCUCAAUAUUUUCUUCUAUCCCUCAUUAGAAUGGAAUGGAGGAAAAACUUGCGACUCAGGCUCUGAUGAUAGAAAAUACAAGAUGGUAGGAACCAAGGUCAGAGAAAGACCCUGUGGCAUGGAGUUUUUUCCUCCAUGUACACAGUUGGACUUUUUGCAGUGAGGAAAUAAAUGUGUUCUCUGCUGAACUUCUAAAGGUUUGGGUAUACUUGAUACUGACAGAAACUCAACAAUCCUCACAUAAUAAAACUCACAAGUACGAUUUUUCAGGACAUCUGAACUCAGUGUAUGUCAGAAAAGUCACAUAGGACAAACCUCAGACAGCAUCCUGAGUGACCAUGGCUUUUAUUCCCAAGUCUUCCUCAUCGGACAGGUAAUAUCAUAAGAAAUCUGACAUUUUAACAAAUACAGGAAAUUCUUCACACACACAGACACACACACACACACACACCCAGAAUCUCAUUAAAUAUUUGAUAAUUUAAUUUUGAAUGUGUAAAAUUUUCAACAAAUUAUCAUAUUUUAUAUCAGAGCUUGUUACAAGGGGAAAAAUCUAUCAAUUUAAGAAAGGUAAGUAAUAGCCUUUAUCUAGAUAUUGCUAUAUCAGAACUGUUGUUUCAUAUAUAAUAUCAAAACUUUUAAUGAAAUGUAACAUUGAUUAAUAGACAUUCAGUAUAAUAAAAAGCUUAAAAAGAACAAGAAAUAAAUUGCAUAAACUGAAAAGCAGUGUUGCAAAUAUGUGAGUGUUUUGUGAGUUAUUGAUUGUUUAUGUGUGUAUAUGUGCAUGGUACUUACCAGGUAUUUGUUUUAUAUGUUUCUUAGACCUCAACAUUGCUAUAAGAGAAUUGUGUUCCCCUUGCUUUAUAACUACUUUGACAUCAACUACACUUUGCCACAUGAAUAUUAAUAACAAACCUUUUAUGGAAAAUAUCUGAUACCACAUUCCCUUUCUCCUGCUGCCUUCUAACAUGUCUGUCUAGUAAAGGCCAUUGUUACUAAACUGCCUCUUUUCAAAGAAGCCAGUGUCAACCAAUA